ACGGUAUAAAAGGGCAAAAAUAAUUUCAUACCGCGUCUAAAUAGACCGUAGACGGUAUUGUGCGGAUAGCCACUUCGUAAUUCUAAAUAGUUCUUGUCUAUUGAAUUCUUUCAAGUAUAGGGUGCUAUAUAACCUUACUGUUUUUGAGAAAUCAGUGUUAUAUAGAAAAAAGGCUAAAAUUUGUGGAAAAAUAAAAUACUUAUAAAGUCUAUUGAUUAUAACGUCUAUCGAAAAAUAAAUCACCUUGCGAAGAAAACAUAAAGGUUAUGAAUUUUGGCGCGUGGAAUUACAGGGUUAAACUUAUUUCAGAUUAAAAUCAUCUUAUCUUUGAGUUAUUUAUUGAUCUUGGAUUUAAGUUAAUGUAAUUAAUAAAGUAUUUUAUUACAAAUUUAUAAUUAUAAUUAAGUGUGAACUAAAACUGAUAUAAGUAAUAAAAAAAUUAAAUUAAAAUUUAAAAAUGUCUGUGCGACUAAAUUUAAUUGCUGCAGCUUGUGAAAAUAUGGGCAUUGGCAAAAAUGGAGACUUACCUUGGCGACUUAAAUCAGAAAUGGCUUAUUUUACCAAAAUGACUACAAAUACAAAAAAUCCAAAUAAACAAAACGCUGUUAUUAUGGGACGUGUAUCAUGGGAAUGUAUUCCAUUAAAGUUUCGACCGUUAAGUAAUCGUUUAAAUGUUGUUCUAACAAAAAAUAACGACCUUAAAGUGGACGAUGGUGUUUUAACAUUUUCCACAUUAGAAUCGGCUGUUGAAAAAUUAAAUUCUUUAGAUAAUAUUGAAAAAAUUUGGGUUAUUGGUGGUAGUUACGUUUAUAAAUCUGCUAUGGAAUCUGAAUACCCCUGUCGACUCUAUUUAACAAAAAUACUUAAAAACUUUGAUUGUGAUACAUUUUUUCCAGAAAUACCACCUACUUUCACUGAGAUAACUGAUCCUGAUGUUCCUACUAAUACCCAAGAGGAAAAAGGAAUUCAGUUUCUUUAUAAGGUAUAUGAAAAAUAAAUCUACAUAUAAAGUCUCCAAUCGCUAAAAACAGAUUAAUGAAGCGAAACAAAAAAUCAAGUUAGAAUUACUUUUUACAAGCUUCUAAUAACAUUAGCAUUAGCAAUAUUUCCAAUGUUUUUAGCGACCCUUAAUUAUUAUAAUAAUACAUAUAUUCAAUAUAUUUUUGUUACAUUGA